GUUUUAGAUUUCCAGCCUAAGGUCUAUGUGUUUGUGCUGAUUUUCCGAUGAAGUACAUCCUGGUAACUGGUGGUGUCAUCUCAGGCAUUGGCAAAGGGAUCAUUGCAAGCAGCAUUGGCACCAUUCUGAAAUCAUGUGGUCUACGUGUCACUGCAAUCAAAAUUGAUCCUUACAUAAACAUAGAUGCUGGAACCUUCUCACCGUAUGAACAUGGUGAAGUUUUUGUAUUGAAUGAUGGUGGAGAAGUUGACUUAGAUUUGGGAAACUAUGAGAGAUUUUUGGACAUCAAUCUCUAUAAAGAUAACAAUAUCACAACUGGAAAGAUAUAUCAGCAUGUCAUUAAUAAAGAAAGACAUGGUGAUUACCUGGGAAAAACCGUUCAAGUUGUUCCACAUAUUACUGAUGCAGUUCAGGAAUGGGUAAUGAAUCAGGCAAAAGUUCCAGUGGAUGACGACAGAGAAGAGCCAGAAAUUUGUGUAAUUGAGCUGGGUGGAACCAUUGGAGAUAUUGAAGGAAUGCCAUUUGUUGAAGCAUUUAGACAGUUUCAGUUCAAAGCAAAAAGAGAGAACUUCUGUAAUAUCCAUGUUAGCCUGGUACCACAGCCUAAUGCCACUGGUGAACAGAAGACAAAACCAACACAGAACAGUGUUCGAGCACUGAGGGGUCUAGGCUUGUCUCCAGAUUUGAUUGUCUGCAGAAGUGCAAAACCUAUAGAAAUGGCAGUGAAGGAGAAGAUUUCCAUGUUUUGUCAUGUGGAGCCUGAGCAGGUGAUAUUCAUUCAUGAUGUUUCUUCUACUUACCGAGUACCAAUCCUGUUGGAGGAGCAAGGCAUCAUUAAGUAUUUUAAACAGAGGUUAAAUUUACCUAUUGAUGACCAGCCAAGUGAUCUUCUAAUGAAAUGGAAGAAAAUGGCUUGCAGGUAUGAAAGGUUGCUGAAGGUGUGUUCCAUAGCUCUUGUUGGCAAAUAUACGAAACUAAGUGACUGCUAUGCAUCUGUUUUCAAAGCUCUGGAACACUCUGCCCUGGCAAUUAAUUACAAACUGGAUUUAAUGUACAUAGAUUCAACAGAGCUCGAACGUUCUACAGAAGCAGAGAACUCAGUGAAAUAUCACCAGGCAUGGCAAAAACUGUGCAAAGCAGAUGGCAUUCUGGUCCCAGGAGGGUUUGGAAUUAGAGGAACAGAAGGCAAACUCCAAGCUAUCUCCUGGGCAAGAACAAAGAAAAAGCCAUUUCUUGGAGUUUGCCUGGGGAUGCAGUUAGCAGUUGUGGAAUUUGCAAGAAACUGUUUGAAUUGGAAAGAUGCAAAUUCUACAGAGUUUGACCCAGGCACAAAAACCCCUGUUGUUAUUAACAUGCCAGAGCACAAUCAUGGAGAUAUGGGUGGAACAAUGAGACUGGGAAAGAGGAGGACUGUUUUCAAAACAGAAAAUUCUGUUUUAAGGAAACUUUAUGGUGGUGGAAUGUUUGUAGAGGAGCGACACAGGCAUCGAUAUGAGGUGAACCCAGAAUUGACUCACUGCUUUGAAGAGAAAGGUUUGAAAUUUGUUGGCCAUGAUACGGAAGGGAACAGAAUGGAAAUUAUUGAACUGGAGAAUCACCCAUAUUUUGUGGGAGUUCAGUUCCACCCAGAGUUUUCUUCAAGACCUAUGAAACCUUCACCUCCAUACCUUGGACUGUUGCUAGCUGCAACUGGGACACUCAAUGCAUACCUGCAGGAUGGAUGUAAAUUGUCUCCAAGUGACAGCUACAGUGACCUAAGUGAUGACAGCUCUCCAGAGAAAGAGUUUCCUCAUUGUGAUACAAGCUGAAAUGAUUGGCUGAGAGCACAGAAAUGGAUGAUGCUGUUGAG